AUGGAAGAUAUUUUCGGUCAUCAAAAGGAAUAUGCAGGACUAAGUAGUAACUUGUACAAAGAGGUUCUAAAUGGCAAUAUUAAUACUCUUUCAGAUCUGAAAGAAACAUUUAAAACCAAAAAUACGUACAAUAUGAGUUUAGUAGAGCAAAAUACUGUUAUGGCACGUAUAUUGCAUAAAAUAUAUCUGAAUCAUCAACUCUUGGAUAAAUUUGGUAAUGAUGAUGUUCGCAAAGCGAUGUGUAAUUAUGCUAUUGAAGCUGCUAAAGGAGGGUCUGAGCAGGCUCUAUUCAUACUUGGAGAAUCAUCACCUAUUGUGCACUUUUGCUGUAAUGUAAUGAUACUCAUGGUGACACAAACGUUAAAAAGCUGUGUGUUUGUCAAACAAUGUGCUUUGUCUGUUUUCCAUGACAAUGCGGGUGAAAAACUUUCAGAAAUCUUUGAUGCCUAUGUAAUUGAUUUAAUUCCAGACGAUUAUCUUGAAGAUGAUCGUGGACGUUUUCGACCUUCUCCUGUUCCUUUAGAAUUUUCAAAAGAGAACAUCAGAAGAUUGAAGAACUUUAUAAAGAGCAAUGCUGGUGAUCAGAGUGAAUUACUACUUCCAAUCCUGAAUGUUUGGAAUGAAUUAGCAAAAUAG